GAACUGCGUCCAAGUUAGAAUUUGUUGAGAUAACAUGGAAUUGAUUUUGAAUCAUUUUAUUGUGGUAUAUAUUCAAAGAAGAUGACAUCAUUAUUUUACAGUGAACCCGAAUUUGUUAUUGCUUUACAUAAAUUGAUUAUAUUUGUUAACCCAAAUGAUUUGCAAAUAUUCAAAGAAAUUACUUUGCCCGACGAUCUCACAAAAUGCGGCGAGGGUAAAUUCGUAAUAUCUCAAACGGAGGACGAAGGUGAUGAGGAUUCGAAACAGCAACAACAAGGGAAUUUAAAUAAAGAAUCACCUAUAAUUCAACAUGUAAAAUUAUCAAACAAUUCACAAAUGUUAGCAGUUGCUACGUCUGGUCAAAAGGCUUUAUUGCUCUAUAAACUCAGGCCAGAACAUGGUAAGCUAAUGUGUAUACGGUCAUUGACCAGGGCAUGUAGUGGUUUGGUAUUCAGUAAAAAUGGAAAACGAUUAUUGGUUACGGACAAAACGGGUGAUUGCUAUGAGUAUGAUUGUGAGGAUAUGGAGGCUAAACCUAAACUUUUGUUGGGUCAUUUGAGCAUCGUGUACGAUGUGCUGUGGUCUGCCGAUGAAAAGUAUAUUAUUACUUGUGAUAGGGACGAUAAAAUUCGUGUUAGCCAUUAUCCUAACACGCAUGAUAUUCAUGGUUAUUGUUUGGGUCAUAAAGAAUUCGUUUCAGCUUUGGGUUUCUUGAACAACGAUAUAUUGAUUUCGGUUUCCGGAGAUAAAUCUCUAAGAUUAUGGGACUUCAAAGAAAGCAAAGAAUUGAAAAAAUUGGAUUUGCCCGCUCCUGGCUUAAAAUUUUCCUUGCGCCUUUUAGGAGCCGACAAGUACCAACUGGCAGUCUUACUUUACCAACCAAACAAGUGUGUGGCUUUAUACGAAAUACAUCGUUCCCAUGAAGAAUGGAAAUUCUCAGACUGUCAGCUAUCAAGUUUCCCUGAUAUAAUUGGCUUUAACUUAUGCUUUGCCGGCGAACGUCUCUAUGUAGCUGGGGCGGUAAAUCAGCGCUUAAGCCUACAGGUGGAUGCAAAUAGUCCCAGUGCUCCAAAAUAUUGGUUGCAAAUGGUCGAAGACCAAUUUAAGGAUUUCGAAUGGCAACCGGAAGAUAAAUCCAGUUGGUUCAAGAAGAAGUAUGACAAUGUUAGUGACUAUUUGGAGCGUAAACAACGCCGGAUUGAAGAAAAGAAAAAUUAAAAUACGUCUUAACAUAUUUUUUUUUUAAUAAAUGUAUUUAUUUAUAUUUAAGUAAUCCAAAAAUGUAAUUUUUAAAAAAAAAGGAAAUGAGAAAUUACACUGGCUUGUAAUCUAA